UUUGUGCAUUGCUGCGAGCUGGACACACUUUCUCCACCAGCCACUAAAGCAUUUCCCAGUUUGCAGAGAGCAGCAGCCUGGGCUGGACAAGCACAGCCCUGGCUGAGCAGGCUUUCACACAGGCUCUCCAGCAAACCACUGCUCUUCCAGUUCCUGUCCAAUUCCCAAAGCCAUCUUUUCCCUGUAAGGCCAUCUUCACAAGCUAUCCCAGUGGAUUAUAUAUCUGUUCCAAAACUUAAGUUAUGUCCAAGAAAAUUUAAUGGGAAAACCCAAGUUUUAGGUCAGCGUGCGCAUUAGCAAACGGGAACUGCAGUGUCUGAGCUGACAGCUCCCCGUGCCCUUAGGACAGCGAUGCAAUAGCCAGACUUCACUCUCUAAACAGACUGCAGCAAGCCAACCAGGACUCAAAGCAGCUGGUAACAAAGCAAUUGUCCACAUCAGGAACCAGCAAUGAGGGGCCUGGCAGGGUUCCUGCUGUGCUCGUUGCUGCUGCUGGCCCCCCAUUCCACAGGGGUGGCUGCCCAGGACACCCAGCCUGACCCCAAAAUGCCAUGUGCCAACUGGAUGGGAGGAGCACCCGGCUACCCUGGCCACAACGGUGUCCCUGGCCGGGAUGGGAAAGAUGGAAGAGAUGGACUCAAGGGAGAUAAAGGAGAUGAAGGUCCGGCAGGUCCCAAAGGUGAACCGGGCCCAGUAGGAAGCCGAGGCUUUCCCGGACCCCCCGGAUCUCCUGGAACUCCUGGAAUCCCAGGGCAGAAGGGCAAAGAUGCUUUUGUGCACCGCUCUGCCUUCAGCGUGGGGCUGACGGAGCGAAGCCCUGCCCCCAACGUCCCCAUCCGCUUCAGCAAGAUCUUCUACAAUGAGCAGGGCCACUACGACCCCAGCACGGGCAAGUUCCUCUGCAACGUGCCCGGCACCUACUUCUUCGCCUACCACCUCACGGUGUACCUGUCGGACGUCAAGGUCAGCCUCUACAGGAAGGACAAGGCCGUGAUCUUCACCUACGACCAGUUCCAGAACAACAACGUGGACCAAGCCAGCGGCUCCGUCCUGCUGCACCUCAGCUCCGGGGACGAGGUCUGGCUUCAGGUGUAUGGGAACGGAGACAAAAAUGGGGUCUAUGCUGACAACCUCAAUGAUUCCACCUUCAUGGGCUUCCUCCUGUACCCUGACCCAGAUAACUACUAAAGAAGGGGGUGCUGCGUGGAAAAGGAGGAGGUGGCUUAACCCCGGACGUGUCCUGGGGCACUGGCGCUAUAGCUAUAACGUAUUUACCAGAAAAUUGCCUUUUGCAAGGGCAGCGACUGCUGAGGGGGGACCCUUUCUCCUGUGAAAUCACUGAGAUCAUACCAGUACUUCCAUGGAACCAAGAGUUCACUCCUACUUCUGCUCUUGCUUUCCUGUGGAAACCUCAGCCCAAACUCAGAUAGCACUCCUGCCGUGUAAUGAAAAACUCUCAACAUGGCUUAACCUUCCUUUAAAUUUAAAAGUGAGAAGACAAAAAUUCGUUGCAUUAAAAUACGACAUUCUAAAUUUCCCUUUUUUAGCAAUCUAAAUCAAUUUAAACCAAUUGUAGAAAUUUUACUCAGAUUUUAAAGUUUGAGUAGAAGAAGGAAAAUACUACUCACAAAAGCAGAGUGCUCUUGUUUUCAGCUGGAAAAGAUGGUUCCAUUUUUUGUAACUCCCACCGUUUAGGGCCUUUGACUUCCACUCCUGGUUUGUUGUCUCCCUUUUUUUCAGCCCAGAUCUUUGAAUAUAUUCAGGUUAUUAACAUCCACUGAUUUUAAUCCUUUGGUUUUCUGUUUAUGUUUAUCACCUAUUGUUAUCUCUAAUGCAGACAGCAGGCUGAUUGAGAACAGGGAUCUUCUCUUGGGAUUUAUCUGAGAAGCCUUGUGAGCAGCGGUGAGGCCACACAACAAAAGCAGCCCAUUGACUGUGUGGUUUCAGGGGUCCUGAGGUGACCACAAAGAUCCUGUCCCAUCUCCCCUCUACACAGUUCCCAGGUGCAGCCAGAAGUUGAGAUCUAUCAGCUGUGUUUGUCCUUUUCCAGGCCCUAAGUGCACCAUAAGCCAUGGUUUGCCCACCAGCUGGGCAGAGCUUUGGGUGGUGUUGAAGCCUCCCAUGUGGAGUGGGCUCCUGGGAUGAACGCCCCCAUCUCUGCCCCAGCUUUGGACAAGGUUACCUGAAUGCAGAAGAGUGUUAAGGCUGGAAGUAGUAUCAAUCCCAUCAAACUGCUCUCCAAGGAGCUUGCUUGACUUCUAGCUAAAAGAGGAUUUGAUGGUUUCUCAGAUACAUUCAAAGAAGACUCCUGCUCCUACGCUUCAGAACGAGCUAACACAGAUCAGAGCUAAUGCAGUAUUACAAGCACAAAACAGCAUUAAGAGCUUCAACUGAAAUUACAUGCAACAUCAUUUUCCACACUCCAGUGAAUUACCACACUGCAAAUAAAAAACAAUAAAAAGCUCUCUCAAUGA